CCAAAUUCCAAUCAAACUAAGGACUUAAAAAACACAUUGAAAAAUUUGAUUUCCUAAAAAUAAAUGAAUUUACUGUGAGCCUGUUUGAUGUCCCGUUUAACCGAAAACGGAUUUUGUUCCCUGUGUUUUAAUCACCACCGUCCGUCCCUUGCCGCCACCUCUCUCUCUCUCUCUCUCUCUCAAAUUUGAUCUGAAUCUCACCGGCGCUUCCCUUCCCUCGGCAGUCCCGACCACACCCAGUCUCAGUGCAGCCCCUAAACCCUAGACCCUAAACCCUUCUCCGGUCUUCAACGCCAGUCUUCAAAUUCAACACACACACACACAUAACAUUUUACUUGCUUUGAGGCACACUCUCAUGGCGGAAGCACCUCAAGAAUCGGAAGAAAGCAACUCAACCAAUUCUCCCAAACUGGCAGGAACUGUGGGCUGGGGCACAGCAACUCUCGUUGCUGUAUUUGCAGGCAUGUUAUAUGGAGGUAGCAAGGAGGCUUCUGCUUCAGUUAGUAAGGAUGCAGAAGUUAUGUUGAAGCUUGGGAGUACACCAGACAAGCGUGAGCAGUACCGCUUAAUGAGAGAUGCAAUGGAGAAGAGGUUUCUUCGAAUCACUAAGGGCUCGAUUGUUGGUGGAGUACGACUCGGGCUGUUCACUGCUGCUUUUUAUGGUUUACAAGAUGUACUGGCUGAGAAACGUGGUGUGCAUGAUGUCUUCAAUGUUGUUGGAGCUGGUUCAGCUACUGCUGCUACAUUUGGUUUGAUAUUACCGGGGUCACUCCCAUGGCGUAUGAGGAAUUCGGCGAUGGGAUCAGUCCUAGGUGCUGCUAUCUGCCUCCCACUUGGGUGGAUCCAUUUGAAGCUGAUAGAGAAAGCAAAUGAAGGGAAUCCAGUUUCACAUCUCACAGGGGGAGAGAGAAAGAGUGGUGUUGGUGCUGCAAUUGACAGGCUUGAAGAAAACUUGAACAAGUAAAAACACAGAUAAAUUGAACAGGAGGGACCUCUCCAUACUCUCCCAUGAAGGGGGGAGACUGAAUUUAUAUAAAGAUUUUGCCCCUUUUAGUUUUUUUUUCUUCUUCAAAAAGUGUUCUAUAGCAUGAUUAUGAUUGAAUUUUUACUAUGAUCCACGUGUCAAUAUAUUUAUAAUGACAACCGAGAGAAAGAGAAAUUAGUGGUGAGUACCUCCUAUAAUGAUUCAAAAUAAUAAUGUUUUGUUGGAAACAAUAAAAUUUUGGCUAGUAGAUCAUGCUAAAAGUUUAAUUGUGAUGAUUAGCAUUGCAUUUUUUUUAGUGUAGUUUUUACAAUGGGACCUAGAAUAGGGAGGGAAUUCUAGACUGGUAAGGGAAGUUACCUUAAAUUUUGUUGUUCUACUGGAGCUUGUAAAACUUUCAAUUUGAUUGGAAGCAUCAUUUAUUUAUAUACACUUACCAAGCAAAAUAAUACUUCAGUUUA